CCCGACGCGAUUCCUUCCUCUCCGCUUCCUGGGACGACUCUGUUAAACUGUGGACACUCGACCGCCCCACCUCUAUUCGUACAUUCCAACUUCCAAGAGCACGCCUAUUUUGUGUACUCCGUUGCAUGGAAUCCCAAGCAGGCCGAUGUUUUUGCCUCCGCGUCCGGUGAUUGCACCGUUAGGAUAUAGGAUGUGAGAGAACCAGGAUCCACAAUGAUUAUUCCUGGCCAUGGGCAUGAAAUCCUAGCUUGUGAUUGGAACAAAUAUGAUGAUUGUUUGAUUGCCAGCGCAAGUGUUGAUAAGAGUAUCAAAGUGUGGGAUGUGAGGAACUACAGGGUUCCAUUGACUGUGCUUAAUGGGCACGGCUAUGCUGUUAGGAAAAUAAAGUUCUCCCCCCACGGGAGAAAUUUGAUUGUGUCUUGCUCCUAUGAUAUGACUGUGUCUUUGUGGGAUUUUAUGAUUGAGGAUGCAGUUGUUGGGAGUUAUGAUCACCACACAGAGUUUGCAGUUGGGGUGGAUAUGAGUGUGCUUGUUGAAGGGCUUAUGGCAAGUACAGGGUGGGAUGAGCUCGUUUAUGUUUGGCAGCAGGGGAUGGACCCAAGAGCAGCGUAAAGAGGGAAGCUUUUCUACAUUUUUUUAUUUUGUCAUACUUAAUUUUCAUAAAUGUGAAUGAGUACUGGCAUGUUUGAUAGGGUCAAACUGAUGAGUGAUUGCUUGGGAGAUUGAAAAAGGCCAUGGUGUUGCUCUUGUUGUUGAUAGUGAUUUUAAUUUUGCUAUAGCAAUCACAUGCCUUUUGCAUUGCAGUUCUCAAUGAAUAACUUCAUGUAUGAAUUAUGAUCCCCUUUAUAUCAGUUUUUGUUAGUGAAGGAGGUUUUAUAUUUGGGCUGGAGAGUUGUGUAAGAACAUCAGUCAAGGAAACAGCCUUUCCCUCUCUUUGGGUACACCAUAAAACAUUCAAUGUUCACAGUGAUCGUGAAGAAGGCUAAGACAACAUGGGAAUAGAAAUUUGAAUCCAAUUGAUACUAUCAUGGCUAAUUAAUCCACAGUUGAGAAUGAGUUCUGUUCCAAAUUGAGACCCAUUGCAUGACAGCACCUUAAACUGUUGCAAGUAAGUCUUUGUUGAUUGUAUGAUAACUUCAACAGGUCUGAAAUUCAGGAUAAGAUUUUGCUGGAUUUUGUCUCAUUUGCUUGUGCCCUGAAUUUCAAGGGCUGAGAAGUUUCUUAAGCCGUAAGUGUACCAAGUCAGAACCUGUUGGUCUUGCUGCCUGAGUGAUUCCAUUUUGGAAAGUGUUUUGCAAUUGUUGAUGCAUGGCUCAGAGGUACAUGGAUAGCUUCGUAGAUGGCCUUAGAUCUUCUGGUGUUCUGACUGAUAGAAGCAUUAGGAUAGAUGUGGUUGUUUCUUCUAUGAGUUGUGAUAUGUAAGGAAACCAUAACAUGGAAACUGGUAAUCUUUUCUGCAUCUAUUGUUCCUAUAUUACUUUGCGGCAAAAGCCUAUUUUUGGUCCUUUACCUUACUAGAUUUGUAGAUUUUAGUCCCUCACAUUAUAUUAUGACA